CAUGGCUCAGACUUUAUCUCAUGCUCCCUCCUGAACCCCAAACACAACAUGGUGUCAUGUCCUGGUAUGGGCUCGGGCUCGCAGGUCAUUGCGCUUGUCGAUGUUGCCUGAGAUUAGUUGUUUUUCUUCCUUUUGUGUCUUGAACUUGAUUUGGAAACGGAAACAGGAGAGAGAAGCGUUUGACUGCUGUGGAUUCUAGCACAAGAAGUUUUUUUUAUUUUACCAGAAGACACCUGGCGUGGGAACUGAUCCCUGAGGGGAGAAAGCAGUCUCAUCCGGGAUCAAAGAAAGCAGUCGACCUCUUGUAACACGGCUAAGUGAGGAGGAGAAAGGCGGCCAUGCUCGGCAGUGAGGGGGAGGGCAGCACCUUCUCUUCCACGAAGGAAGCGGCGGGUGAGAGGUGCAAGUCUCCGGCUGUGGAUGGGGACGACCCGACCGCUGGCAGCCGGUACGCAGAGCACGGGAUGGGUGCUGACCGGUACUACAUCCCUCCCACCGUCUCUAAACAGAGGCCGGAAACGCCGAACCCCUGCUCCUUCAUCCCUUAUAACCCCAGUGGGACGGUGUACACCCCGUCCAGCGCUGGCAGGUACCCCUCAUCCCUCCACCUGGGCUCCGUGUUGCCUCCCGCCGGAUUCUCCCCCUCCGCCGCCGGCCGCAGCCACUUCAGCUCGGCUUACCAGCUCGGCCAGAGCCCCGGCUGCAUCUACUCGCCCUACACCGGCUCAGGGUCGGCUCUCAGCAACAUACCUCUGCCCACCGCCGGCCCGGGGAUGAGGGCCCAGGUCUACCUCUGCAACCGGCCGCUGUGGCUCAAGUUCAACCGGCACCAGACCGAGAUGAUCAUCACUAAGCAGGGCAGACGGAUGUUCCCGUUCCUCAGCUUCAACAUAGCUGGUCUCAAUCUGUCAGCGCACUACAACGUGUUCGUGGAGGUGGUGCUGGCGGACCCAAACCACUGGAGAUUUCAGGGGGGCAAAUGGGUCACCUGUGGGAAGGCGGACAACAGCAGCCAAGGGAACAAAGUCUACGUCCACCCAGAGUCUCCGAACACGGGGGCCCACUGGAUGAGACAAGAAAUCUCCUUCAGCAAACUGAAGCUCACCAACAACAAAGGAACCAGUCACAGUACUUCACAGAUGAUUGUCCUGCAAUCGCUGCACAAGUACCAGCCGAGGCUUCACAUCGUGGAGGUGACGGAGGACGGGGUGGAGGACAUUAGCAGUGAUGUAAAGACUCAGAGCUUCACCUUUCCGGAGACCCAGUUCAUAGCCGUCACUGCCUACCAGAACACUGAUAUCACACAGCUGAAAAUUGAUCACAACCCUUUUGCCAAAGGAUUCAGAGAUAAUUAUGAUUCGAUGUACACAGCUCCAGAGCAUGACCGCCUCACCCCAUCACCAAGCGACUCUCCCCGUACCCACCAGAUUGUCCCCAGCGCCCGCUAUACCAUGCAGCCCCUCUUCCAGGACCAAUUUGUCAACAACCUUCCCCAGAACCGCUUCUAUAACAGCGAGAGAGCUGUGCCGCAGACUAACAGCCUCCUCUCACCUCAGACAGAAGACGGGGCUUCACAGAGGUGGUUUGUCACCUCCAUGCAGCAAGGGGGAAGCGCCUCUAGCACCAGCAACAAGCUAGAUCUUGCACCCUAUGAGGCGGAAUACUCAAGCUCCCUGCUCCCUUAUGGCAUCAAAUCCCUGUCCAUGCAAACAUCUCACGCUCUCAGCUACUACCCAGACUCUCCUUUCACCACCAUGACUGCAGGAUGGGGGUCCAGAGCAACGUACCAGAGAAAGGUUUCACCCAGCCUGCCUUGGUCUCCCAGACCUAGUCCCACUUCUGGUUUCCCAGAAGACUCGAGCAAGGUUAAAUCGCAGAUAGAAGAGGAGGUGAACGGCAGUGGAGGCCUGAUCUCCUCCUGGACGGAGACACAGCCAUCAGCUCUGUCCCUAGACAAGGCUGACUCUUAUUCCACAGCCUGCAAACGGAGGCGCUUGUCUCUUAAUGAUCCCAGCACAGGGGACUCACCCACUGACAUCAAGUGUGAAGACUUGGCCUCAGCUGUCACCAACAGUAGCUCCUACAGCAAAGAAGCCCCCUCAUCCAAAAGCAUGGCAGCUUACUAUUCCUUUUACACAAAUCCUUGAAAGUGUGGCCUCUGAAAUGUUUUCUGUCUCAUUUUUGUCAUUUUGGUUGUUCUUCAUCUGCCACCAUGAAUAAGAAAUAUUAUUUUGCUUUUUUUGUUAUGUGCAUACCCAGAAUUUGUCUUGGUGGUGGUAAAUGUUCAAGUAAUGGCAUCAAUUCCAGGGCCAUGUGUCACACAGUAAGCAUCAGCAACCUGAAAUAUUGACUUAUUCCAUCUAUUCUAUUUCUAAUCCAUCUGUCCUUCUGGACUACAUUUUGUUUGAACACCCCAUUUAUGUAGCUCUGAUCUGGAAUUUUGAAAGUGCCAAAGCAUUUGUUUAAGUUGCCUCAUUUUUUAAAAAAGUGUUACGUAUGUUUUAUUGUGCGUGCAUUACAGUAUCUGCAUUCACACUGAGGUUAUGUGUUUACAGAUUAUUUAUUGAAGGUCUGUUGAUAUGAAAUUUGUGCACUCAUAAAUGUGAGGCUAAUAUGCUGUAUAUACUGUCAUGGCAAUGCUCAGAUAUUUGAUAA